CCCCCGCAGCUGGGGCCAGCGGUGCCAAGCGCAGCUGGACCAGCGGCAGCAGCUGGGCGAGUGACAGCCCAGCUCCGCGCGCGGCCGCCGCCAGAGCCGGCGCAGGGGAAGCGCCCGCGGCCCCGGGCGGCAGCAGCGGCCGCCUCCUCCCGCGCCUUCCGGGCCCCGCAGCCCGCGGUCCCGCGGCCCCGGGGCCGGCACCUCUCGGGCUCCCGCUCCCCGCGCGCAAGAUGGCUGACCCGGCUGCGGGGCCGCCGCCGAACGAGGGCGAGGAGAGCACCGUGCGCUUCGCCCGCAAAGGCGCCCUCCGGCAAAAGAACGUGCACGAGGUGAAGAACCACAAAUUCACCGCCCGCUUCUUCAAGCAGCCCACCUUCUGCAGCCACUGCACCGACUUCAUCUGGGGCUUCGGGAAGCAAGGAUUCCAGUGUCAAGUUUGCUGCUUCGUUGUGCACAAGCGGUGCCAUGAAUUCGUCACGUUCUCCUGCCCUGGCGCGGACAAGGGCCCAGCCUCUGAUGAUCCCCGGAGCAAGCACAAGUUUAAGAUCCACACCUACUCCAGCCCCACCUUCUGCGACCACUGUGGGUCCCUGCUCUACGGGCUCAUCCACCAGGGGAUGAAGUGUGACACCUGCAUGAUGAAUGUCCACAAGCGCUGCGUGAUGAACGUCCCCAGCCUCUGUGGCACCGACCACACGGAGCGCCGCGGCCGCAUCUACAUCCAGGCCCACAUCGACAGGGAGGUCCUCAUCGUUGUUGUAAGAGAUGCUAAAAACCUGGUACCGAUGGACCCCAAUGGCUUGUCAGAUCCCUACGUAAAACUGAAACUGAUCCCUGAUCCCAAAAGUGAGAGCAAGCAGAAGACCAAGACCAUCAAGUGCUCCCUCAACCCCGAGUGGAACGAGACGUUCAGAUUUCAGCUGAAAGAGUCAGACAAAGACAGAAGGCUCUCCGUAGAGAUCUGGGAUUGGGAUCUGACCAGCCGGAAUGACUUCAUGGGGUCUUUGUCCUUUGGGAUUUCUGAACUGCAGAAAGCUGGUGUGGACGGCUGGUUUAAGUUACUGAGCCAGGAGGAGGGCGAGUACUUCAACGUGCCCGUGCCCCAGAAGGGCGAGGGUAAUGAAGAACUGCGUCAGAAAUUCGAGAGGGCCAAGAUCGGCCAGGGGCCCAAGACUCCGGAAGAGAAGACGACCAAUACUGUCUCCAAAUUCGACAACAACGGCAACCGGGACCGGAUGAAACUGACCGAUUUUAACUUCCUGAUGGUGCUGGGCAAGGGCAGCUUCGGCAAGGUCAUGCUCUCGGAGCGGAAGGGCACAGACGAGCUCUAUGCCGUGAAGAUCCUCAAGAAGGACGUGGUGAUCCAAGAUGACGACGUGGAGUGCACCAUGGUGGAGAAGCGGGUGCUGGCCCUGCCCGGGAAGCCGCCCUUCCUGACCCAGCUCCACUCCUGCUUCCAGACCAUGGACCGGCUGUACUUCGUGAUGGAGUAUGUGAACGGCGGUGACCUCAUGUACCACAUCCAACAAGUUGGCCGGUUCAAGGAGCCUCAUGCUGUAUUUUACGCUGCAGAAAUUGCCAUCGGUCUGUUCUUCUUGCAGAGCAAGGGCAUCAUUUACCGUGACCUGAAACUUGACAAUGUGAUGCUGGAUUCCGAGGGGCACAUCAAGAUUGCUGACUUUGGCAUGUGUAAGGAAAACAUCUGGGACGGGGUGACCACCAAGACAUUCUGUGGGACUCCAGACUACAUCGCCCCUGAGAUAAUUGCUUAUCAGCCCUACGGGAAGUCUGUGGAUUGGUGGGCAUUCGGCGUCCUGCUGUAUGAGAUGUUGGCUGGGCAGGCACCCUUCGAAGGGGAGGAUGAGGAUGAGCUCUUCCAGUCCAUCAUGGAACACAACGUGGCCUAUCCAAAGUCCAUGUCCAAGGAAGCCGUGGCCAUCUGCAAAGGGCUAAUGACCAAACACCCAGGCAAACGUCUGGGUUGUGGCCCGGAAGGGGAACGUGACAUCAAGGAGCACGCGUUUUUCCGGUAUAUUGAUUGGGAGAAACUUGAACGCAAGGAGAUUCAACCUCCCUAUAAACCCAAAGCUUGUGGGCGAAAUGCUGAAAACUUCGACCGGUUUUUCACCCGCCAUCCACCCGUCCUUACACCUCCCGACCAGGAAGUCAUCAGGAAUAUUGACCAGUCAGAAUUCGAAGGAUUUUCCUUUGUUAACUCUGAAUUUUUAAAACCUGAAGUCAAGAGCUAAGUAGAUGUGUAGAUCUCCGUCCUCCAUUUCUGUCAUUCAAGCUCAACGGCUAUUGUGGUGACAUUUUUCGUUUUCAUUGCUACGAUACAUCCAUGUUUUGUUUUCUGAUGCGACUAGUGUGACCAUGUUUUGGAACCCAAAUGUCCUCCGGUAGUUUGGAGCAUCUCGUAGAGAUGGAAUUAUGCAGGUGGCAGGUAGAGAUGACCGCUGCAUAAUUGAGACACAAUCCAAGUCCUCUUCCGGCGUAUUUCCCCAGCAUGUCAGCUGAGUCGAUCCAGGGGCGAGAGAAAAUGCCUGCUUUCUCUCCCUUCUUUUCUGCACUGCCAGAUUUUACGCCAACCGUCCGAUCUAGAUUCUUCCUACAAAAUGGGUAGAUGAAUCGGAUGUUAGCAGUAUUCUUCCACUUCCAGGCUUAGGUAAGCUGGGCUUGUAUCCAAAUAUAUGGUUGCUAUGCCCUAGAGGGAAUCCCUCCGUGCGACCUGGAGGCACAGAGCUUUGAAAAGAACAUGCUAAAAAUAAAAUUUCAUUUUUUUUAAAAACUCAAAGUUAAGAAGAUUAUCUAAGUCCUAAAAUUUCAAGAGUGUGCUUUUAGACCCUUUCAAUCUAAAAGCACUUCCAGGGGUCAAAAGGCAACCCGCUUGGGUGCUACCUCCACACUGUAAUUUUUGGUACUGUGUGUCCCUGAUCACCCUUGUCCCCAAACUACUCAAAAAGGGCAUUUGGCACUGUUCCCUGAAACAACAUGGUCACUCUAGCAAGGUCCCAAAGGGCCUUGGAUUUACAUUACAUUUCAAACUUUAUUUGCUUUUGGGGUUUUCUUUGUCAUUGUUCAAAUGCAAAAAAAGAGAAAAAGAUAAAGAAAAAAGUUACUCAUGUUGUUACACAUGCUUUAAAAUAUGUGUCCAGAUGUUCUUAACCACAAUGACCUGCUUUGAUUUAACCAGAAGAUGACUGUGGAGCCCAGCAGACUUGAUGCUUGUGGGUAGGGGAUCUAUCUAGGUCUGUUACUGGCUUUGGACAGCUAAUUAAGUGCUCUGAGAAAGCAUUCCAUCUCUCCAAACAAACGACAGUUGUAUCCUUCCCUUUGAUGUUGUGUUGCAAGAUGUUUGUGGAAAUGUUCUUUUGUAUCUGGAUUUCUGUUAUCUGCCAUUUUUCUUCUAGCAUCAAGAUACAAUAAAAAAAAAAAAAGAAAGAAAGAAAAGAAAAGAAGAAAAUACUAUUUCAAGGAAAAACUACUCUCUGAAAAAUGCGGACCCAAACUACAAAGUAGGGCCCGAGGAAGGAACUCAGGAGACAGGAACUAAAUCCAGAGCUUAAACUCAGCCCCAGUUCCACCAGGCAGAGAGGCAGGCGCUGGGGCUCUGCAGGAACUCUUGGCGCCCUGUCACGGGGUGGAGUGACCUGGACAGAGCCUGGGACACUGUCAGAGCUCAAAGCCCAGAUUCCCACCCAAAUCAAGGGUAGAGGCUAGCUGUGAACAUGGCCGGACCCUUGAUUUUCUUUUGACAGCUCCAGUCCUCCCAACUUGGACUAAAUAUCCUCCAUAGCAAGCAACUCAGUGAGCUCCCAGAAGCCCAGGGAGACCCCUUGGGAGGGAGAAAUUCAUGUCUGUCUGAAUGGGUGGGAACAGCCGGGGACUCCUGUGUCCUUGCCUACUGCUUCCUGCCGUUCCCAGGCAGCCAGCCCUGAAGGGAAUUCUUAUCACAGUCAAAGAAUUUUCCAGAAGCUCCAGGGCUUUUGAGAGAUUGUCAAGGGAACUUUAAAAACUUGACAAAUGUCCUUGAAGCAAGACGUCUCACCUUUAAGGAGACCAUGCGUUGGAAUUUUGCUUUGGCAAAGUAGUCCAUUCUUUUCUGCCCUCCUAGUUCACCUUGCUUCAGGCUUGGGGACCAUGCCUGCGGUCACCAUUGUAGUACAAUCUGGACCUAAGGUGAAGCAAACUCAAAGUCCCAGCUGACUAGGAGGUUGGAGAAAGAGGGAAAUCAGGGCGAAACCCCCUUACUUCAUUCUUGGGGAAGCUGGUAUCUGGAGAGAGGAAGCAACCUGCCGAGGUCAGUCAGCUGGGAUCCAAACCCAGGUAUCCUGACCAUCAGCACAGGACUCCUUCUGCUCUGUAACACCAACAAGGACUUCUGGCCACGCCCACCACCAGGCAAAUUAUUUAAGAUCCUUCAUCUGAUGGGGGCACCAGACCUCUCCUUGGAUAUGAUCUCAGGAUAAAAAACAUGGAGAAGCAUUGGGUCAUUGACAAAUGAUCUGAGAUAACCUUAGAAAACAGUGUAGGAUGGAUAAGUGGAUGGAUAGAUAGAUAGAUAGAUAGAUAGAUAGAUAGAUAGAUAGAUAGAAUAUAAGUGUAUAUUUAUAUACUGCACUCUACAUUUUCCAAAAUCUUGCCAUUAUUUUUCAAGUUGCAUAGUUUGCAGAAAUAGAUACUCAAGCCAAAGUCUUCAUCCCUCUCGCAUACCUUGCUACAGGUGGUUAGAGAAGCCUUCCGAGGAAGUAAGGGAUCGUUAGUCAGAAUUUCUCCUGUUUCCACUUCUGGCAAUAUUUCCAUGCACAGGAAUCCAAGAAACAGAGCUUUCAUCUAUCAUCUCUGGGAAAACCUUUGCAAAUUUAUCCAGGGAGAAAAAACUUUUACUUUUGACAUCAUCCAUUUAUUCUACCUUCCAUUCACUCAGAUAGCAUUUAUUGAGCACCAAGUGUGUGCCCAGCUGGGUGCCAGGAGCACAGUAGAUAAAAAUAAAGAUGCAAUCCAGCCCCUUCUUCCUCUUCCUCCAGCACCAUCUGCUGGGAGGGCCAUCAUUCAAUGAGCAAUUAAAAUCAAGACGCGCUCUAGAGAUAACUAGUCUCUGGGUCAGUCAGGAACAGCUUCUUACAAGAAAGAAAAUGUCACCAAACAUCUUCAGGGCUUCUCUUUCUCUCUAGAGACCACAGUUUGGGGCUGAAGGAGAAGGCACAGCAGCAUCCUCUUGACCUGGAUUUCUGGAACAAUCAUAGAGUGCAAUGGGUGGGGAAGGCGAGGUAGGAUGGUAGAUGGAAGGGCUUCCUUCUAGAAGGCCAAAGGCACAGUGUCCAUGCUUGAAUAGAUCACAGAAUCACCAGAAAGCUGAGCAGAGACAGAUACCCAAAUUGCCUCUUUCCACGCAGAGGAGGGACUGGUUUUGUGGCUGGGUUCUGAGUUCUGAGUCUCACCUCUCAGGUCCCGUCCCUCCCUUCUGCAGGCGCAACCCUUUCCUACCCUCCCCUCAGGACACACGGUCUCCAGCUGGGUACACCUGGCUCUUCUAGCCUACCUGAGACAGGCUGAGGUUUUCUAAAAGAAUUUAAAUUAGAGGAGGAUUUAAAAGGAAACUAAGUAAGAAAAUCCAAAGUAAUCUCAACCAAGUCCUUGUUAGCCAUGACCAGUCAUCCACCAGGGUCCAAGACUCCCCCUUGGGCUUUCUUCUUUGAACUUCCCUCUGACCUUCUGCUCUUCUAAGAAAGGAUAGGGACACAGUCACAAUGACCUUCUUGGAGGAUUUAUAGGAAGCCAGUGGCAUUCAUAACCUUCUCUAGAUGAGAACUACUUUUCUCAAAUGGCUUCAGAUGCUUUCAACCCCAAAGGAAUUAUCCCAACAAAGAGGACCAUCCUCCCCCAACUUCUAGGGCAAAAAUUCUCAAGUAUUUUCCAGAAGGAUCUACUCACAGGUCAAAGUCCUCAAAAGCAAAUCCCCUUUGGACAUGUGGCUGCCUGAAACAAGAGUCUUCGCCAGAAAAACAAAUGAGAAGGAACUUCCAAGGUCAGGGUGGUGGGAAAACAACUUCUGCUCCAUGGCCCCAGGCAGGGCAGGCCAGGUAGGGCUGACAAUGCCCAAGGAGACCUCAGGGGAGCCAGCUGUCCAUCUCCUGGCCCCCGAUAGGCCUGCCUUCUGUCCCACAUCCAGCCAUGGAACUCCCAGACCUCAAAGGGCCCUCACACGGUUCAGCUCCUGCUGGGAUUCAAAAUGGUGCCCACUGGAGAGACCCGUAGGCCCAGUGGGAAUGAAUUCCAUUGUUUUGCUUCAGAGUGACAUCCCGGACUCAGGGGGGAUUAUACACAGGCAAAAGCAAAGAAGCUCACCCUUAGUCAAGUCUUCAUUCAUUGAUUCGUUCCCUCAACAAAUAAUGAUGAACAGCCUGCUCUGUGCCAGAUACUCUUCUUGGCACUGGAAAUACAAUAGUACAGAAGCAGACAAGGACCCCGCCCUCCUGGAGAGACAUAACAAAUAAACAAGACCAUGUCUGAAAGCAGUAAGUGCAAUGAAGACCAUUAAAGGAUGGAGAGGGAUGCACAGAUAAUAAAGGAAAAGGAGGCAUUGGCCACAGGAAGUGACCCAUGGAGUUCCUGGGCCCAGACCCUCCCCCCACAGCACAGGCAAGACAAGGCAGAGCAGGUGUGACAUGCAGGAGGUGGCCCACCAUCCAGAAAACAGUGCCACCUGCAUCUUUAGCCUGGUCCUCUUUGGCCACACCCACCGGAGGACUUUUUUUCUUUUCUUUUUUUGCAGUGCUGGGGCUUGAACCCAGGGCCGUGUGCAUGCGAGGCAAGCACUCUACCAACUGAGCUACAUCCCCAGCCCCCAAGUAUAUUUCUGAUACUCCUUUUGUCUCGCUCACUCGCACAUCCCCACUCAGACACCCCAAGAGUAAGUAGGGAACUCCGUAGAGACAUGUUGCCUCUAUCGGGGGAGCAGCCAAAAAGAAGCAGUUCUCACGAAAGGUAUUUUGCAGAAGGAAACGAGCCCAGGAGUGAGACAUCCUUCUCAGUCAAUGCCCACGAGGAGCUAACCCUAAAGGCUGGAUUUCAGUUUAGCCCCAGGAGAUUGGCCAAACUCGGAUCAGCCAGUCCUUACUGACCCUGCCCUCUGUGGUCUGAUACAACUCUGGCUUCAGCCAGGCAACCUACCUGAUGCCAGUGAAUCCGAGGUGUUAUCCUUGGUUGUUCUGUAAUGACACAGCCAUCAGGCUGUCCCUGCAGCCAGAGGGGCCGUGAUGAGGCCAUCCCUAGUAGCGAGGUGGUCAGGUAAGAAUCGGCCACUCACUCUGCAAACUUGGGCAAGUCACUUAACCUAGCAUGGCCUCCAUUUUCUCAUGUCAAACAAUGGGGGUGGGUGAGGACCCCAGCUCUACCUGCCCUCUAGGUAGGUGUGGUGAGAGGAUGGGAAGAGGCCACGGGCUGACAAGAACCCCAAAGAGGUCAGAACAUCAUGCAGAAGAGCUGUUAGUUAGCUCACCUCUGAUGUUCCCAACUAUAGAGAGCAAAUUGGGGUUCAUGCCCCCCACAAUACACACACACUUAAAAAGAGAGAGAGAGAGAAAGCCCAGCCCAACCUGGAGAACUGAGUUGUUCCAUUUUUUAAGACUGUUCUCACAGACCUUGGAAGCUUUGGGGUUUGUGGCUUACAAUGUGUUCACUAGAUCCAUGCUAUAAAUGACUUUGGGGACAACCUCUGACUGAUGAAGACCCAGAUUUGAGACUGCAGGUGGGCUUUCGAGCAGCCCUUUCGAAGCCCGUAUUGUACCAGUGAGUGUCGAGUGGACAGUGCUCAACUGAGCAGAGCCCAGCUUUUCCCAUGUGACCAUUCACCUCUCUGUGGAUGGUUUCCUUUCCAAAGAAGGAGCCCUCCCAGACACAGGGGGCGCUAUUGAGCAAUUUUUGUCCAGGACACUCUAUCUAAUAGCUAAUUCUCUGAUAUUAUCUCAAAAAAAAAAAAAAUCUCCCCUAUACA